AUGGUGGCGGUACCAUUCUGCCGUUGUCGUGUGCUUUAUAUUGGUAGCGCUGUACCAACAAUAACCAAAGAUGGACUACAAGGAAUUCAACAACCGUUACGUGAACGUUAUCCCAUUGGUGGUAAUAUUGAUACAAAAGGAAUUGAUUCCUGGUUAUCAGUCUGGUCUAAUGGUUUAUUACUAGAAUAUAUUGACGGUGAUAAAAGAACUGAAACAGCAUUUCAUCCUAUAAAUUCACUUCAUUAUUGUGCAGCGGUACGAUAUGUUAAUGUUACCGGAUAUGCAAUUGAGGGUGGUGGUGAACGAUUUCUACCGUUGGAUUCACCAUUUGCAACCGGUGAAGAUAACCAACAUCCACCAAUUUUUGCUGCUAUUUUCAGGAGAACUACCGGAAUUAAGGUUCUUGAAUGUCAUGCAUUUAUAUGUACAAAUGCAAAAGCAGCAAAUGCUCUUGUACGUUGCUGUUUUCAUGCAUAUGCUGAAUCAAUGUAUAUUAAAUUAGACGAACGAUUACCUGCCCUAAAAUCGAUCAAAGAAGCUAGCAGAAGUGCUAGUCCACCAAGUGAACCACUUCCAAGUGAAAUCGAAGAAAUAGCUGCAAUCGAAGAUGACAAAGAAUUGGACCAACAACGAUGGGCUGAACGAGCAAUUGGUAAAGAAGCCUGGGAAAGGCGUCAACAAUCAGGUGAAUAUGAUUCGGCAAGUAUCUCUUCAUCAAUUGCUAAUCGUUUUCGAAUUAAAAAACAGGAACGUGAUCGAACAAAUGGUGAUCAAGCUUUGGUACCUUAUGCAAAUGGUACAGAUUCAUUUUCCCAACGGGCGGGUAGUGAAAUUGGUAUGGUAUGCGGUGAUAGCAGCGGUGAAACACCAUGUCCUGGUAUGUAUCCAGGUAUGCUACCGCCACAUUUUCGUGGUGGAUCAUUGCCAUUAUCGCAUAUGAUACCAGCACAUCCAUUAAUACGGCCACCAUUAUUUGUACCAUUUCCGCCACCGCCACCACCGCCACCGCAUUUGCUACCACCAAUGCAUCGUUUUAUGCCAAUGAUGGGUGCACCACCUCCAGCAAAUUUUGGAAUGCCACCACAUUUACCGCCUGGUAUCUAUCCUCUUCCGCCACCACAUUUUGGCAUAUUACCGCCACGAUUUAUGACACCAUAUGGACCAAUACCAUCAUCAAUGGGACGACCACGAACACCACCUGAUGGACCAAUUAUCACCGGUCCAGAAUCAGUAUACGGUACGCUACCAAGAAGACCGGCUUAUGAAGAACCCAUUUAUAUGCCCGGAAGUGCACCGUAUAUGCCACCACAAGCAAGUUAUCAACCAGGAAAUUAUCUAACUGAUCAAUACGAUGCUUACUAUGAUUCUCUGAAGAGGCAACGAAGCCCACAUCAAAACAAUAAGGGAUCUGCUGGUGGUGCUGAAUCUCAGACAAGUUCGAGACGUGCAGUAGCUACAACAGAAAAUGAUGAUUCAUCACAAUUUUGGGAUUCUUAUGAAGCUAGCAUAUAUCGAAAACCACAUUUAAAUGAGAAGGCAUUUUCGGCAACUGCGCGUUCAAUGCCAACAGCUACAACUGUUAUAACUACCAAUCAUAAUCAUUCAAAUACAAAUAGCAUAAAUCAUCAAAGUACAGCAACAAAAACAACAACAACAACAGCAACAACAACAACAACAACAACAACAACAGGAUUGGGAAUUGGUACAAUGAUACGAGAAACAGUUGACAUUGUUGCAAGGCCUAAAACACCACCUGCUGAUUAUGAUACAGCAUUUAGUGAAAUGCAUAUAAGUAAUAAUACUAGUAAUAAUAACAAUAAUAAUAAACAUCAACGUACUACAGCUGUUAUUUAUUGA